AUGGCCUUUUCGUACGUAUCUCAGGAGGAGCUGGCUCUCCCAUUACUUACCGGGAGUCCAGUCGUGGGUGGCAAGGAGGAGUUAUUCGAGCUCGAGGCCGAAUCUAUCCACAAGCUGCCAGCUGGAGAUGUCGGCAUCUCCGUCGGCCAGAAGUCGCAGAAGAAAGCGCCCAGACCCAACAGGGCCCGCCGUGCAUUCCGCCACACGCAACUCGCCGUCAACCAGUUCCUCCGACGGCGUCACAGGGCGGAUCAUCCGCGCAACAAGCGCCUCCCAUUGUCCAUGGUCGAGGUCAUCCUCAGAAACCUCGACAUUAGAGGCGCAGCGACCGAAGAGGACAAGUACCGGCCCACCACUCGGGCCCCCGUGAGGCCCUGCCCGCACUCAGCCCAGGACAUCUACGACCGGCUCCAGCUGUCGCGGCGCAUCGCGCGCCGCGGCCUCACCUGGCGCCUGUACGGCUGCAGCAUCACGACCCGCCCGGCGUGGUGUGUCACCCACGAUGAGCUGCCGCAGCUGCUCUCGCCCGUCAUCGCUGAGAUGAAGGCGUGCCUGGGCUACGUCGGCGCGUUCCGCGCGCUGCUAGACAUCGACAACGAGGGCUGUGAUGCAUGGCUUGACCUGUCGCACCUGCGUAUGUGCGUGUUCCGGCUUAUGGGAUACUGGCCGCACGAUGUCAAGCAUAACCUCGAGGCCUGGGCCUUUGGACUGCCUGACGACCUGGCCCGCUUGCUGUACCCGCAGUGUGGCAGGUUUGACCACCGCGAGAUGGCGAUGAACUUGGAUUGGGUUGUGCUUGGGCCUGGUUCGGAGGCGGUCGCGAGCCUUGAGGGUUGUGUUCGCGUCUGUGAACGCUGGGACUCUCAAGUGUGA